CACAACUUCCACCAGUGCACGCUCCCGUCUACACCUCCAUGCCUUACACCGGAGACCGAUAAUGAGGCCAAACAGUCAAUCAGUGAAGCACAGGUCCCCGCACGGCUCCGAGCGGGAGUUUGGAGGGACGCUGGGUGCCACCUGCAUCCCAAUCUUCCUUCCCCUCACGGUGCUCUACCUGAUCAGCGUGUGCCGGUCUCCUGCGGCCAGCGUGCUGCAGUGGCCGCCUCCUUUACCCCCCGGCGGUCAGCUGUGGGACCCUCUGGCCCCUGUGCUUCUACUGGGCUGGAUCACUCUGCAUGUCUUCCUCUAUUCGCUCCCACUUGGGCGGGUGUCUGAGGGAUUAGUGCUGAGAGAUGGAACGCGCCUCAAGUAUCCAAUAAAUGGUUUUCAUUCUUUGUGCAUCAGUCUUGUGUUGCUGGUGCUGUUGCUGUGGCUGGGAGCUCCUCUGGGGCAUCUGUUCGAGCUUCUGUUGCCUCUGGCAGUUUGUGCGAUCGGAGUUUCAUUCCUUCUCUCUUUCUACCUCUACAUUCGCUCUUUUUGGGCUCCGCACCAUGCGCUCGCUUUGGGGGGCAACACAGGAAAUCCCCUGUAUGACUUCUUCAUGGGACGGGAGCUGAACCCCCGGAUUGGAAACUUUGAUCUUAAAUAUUUCUGUGAGCUAAGACCGGGUCUGAUUGGCUGGGUCGUCGUAAACCUCGGUAUGAUGAUGAAAGAGGUGGAGCUUCGCGAUUCCCCCUCCCUCGCCAUGAUUUUGGUCAACAGCUUCCAGCUGCUGUACGUGGCAGACGCUCUGUGGAACGAGGAGGCUGUUCUGACCACCAUGGACAUUGUGCAUGACGGUUUUGGGUUCAUGUUGGUGUUUGGCGACCUGGCUUGGGUUCCCUUUACGUACAGCCUCCAGGCUGCCUUCCUGGUGGUGCACCCACAGGAGCUCAGCACGCUCACAGCCUCUGCCAUAGUUGCACUGAACGGUAUUGGAUAUUAUAUUUUCAGAAAAUCAAACUCACAGAAGAACCAAUUCCGACGAGACCCAACACAUCCAAGUGUUUCAAAGCUGGAAACUAUUGCCACAGCGACAGGGAAACGUCUCCUGGUGUCGGGCUGGUGGGGCCUGGUCCGCCAUCCCAAUUACCUCGGUGACCUUCUCAUGGCCCUGGCAUGGUCUCUGCCAUGUGGGUUCUCACAUCUUCUGCCGUAUUUCUACGUCGUGUACUUCACCAUCCUGCUGAUUCACAGAGAGGCCCGCGAUGAGAGGCAAUGUAGGAGCAAGUAUGGACUGGCGUGGGACACCUACUGCCGACGAGUGCCCUAUAGGAUUUUCCCUUAUAUAUACUGAGGUGGAAAUGAGCCGGACUGAAUCAGACCAAACUGUCAAACUGUAUCCCCGUUACUCGACAAGCAAUAACCUGAAAUUGUAAUUCAUUUUUAGUCUCUGGGAGGGAAUGAAAAGGGACUUCCUAUUUUCAGUGUCACUUCAUAUGUUCUAAAAUGUUUGAUACAUCAAUGUUUUCACUCAGUGAUUCAAUACAUUUUUAAUGACAAUUCUUAUAAUUUUAGGAUUCAAUAAGAAAAAUCAAUCCCCACAUUAGAUAGGUUGUCUGUAGGUUCUUAAAAAGUUUUAAAAUGACGUAAAUUCAAUUUUGUAAAUAUGGGGCCGUAAAGACAGAAAAUUGAAGUUCAACAUUAACAUUCAUCUAAUUUUCUUCUUCUCUUCAGUAUGAUCUUAUUUGCCCGUACUUCCAUUUAUCCAUUUUUUUUUUUUUCAAAUUUGAGUUCUUCUGUUGGAAAAAUACCUUUUGUGGAUAAAUCCAACUCACUUUAUAAUUUAUACUUACCUGAUGUACCAGCUUGUAGAGAGAAAUACAAGAAAACCUUGGUACUUACAUUUCCUGAGUUCUGUGGGAAAAAAAAAAAAGGAACUGUAGAAAA